CCAAUACCGUUUGGAAUGUCUGUGACUGUUUUAUCUUUUACCAUUAUAGUGUCUCCAGAAGUUGCUAUAACAGGCCAACUAUUAGAAAACCUGCCUCCCAUUGGAGUGUUCUGGGAUAUUGAAAAUUGUUCUGUUCCCUCUGGCCGUUCAGCUGUGGCGGUGGUACAGAGAAUUCGUGAAAAGUUUUUUAAAGGCCACAGAGAGGCAGAGUUCAUUUGCGUGUGUGACAUUAGUAAGGAGAACAAGGAGGUUAUUGAAGAGCUAAAUAACUGCCAGGUGACAGUUGCACAUAUUAAUGCCACAGUAAAGAAUGCAGCUGAUGACAAACUCAGACAAAGUCUUAGAAGAUUCGCUGAUACACAUUCAGCACCAGCCACUGUGGUCCUUGUAUCAACUGAUGUAAAUUUUGCACUUGAAAUCAGUGAUUUGAGACAUCGCCAUGGUUUCCAUAUAAUCCUGGUGCAUAAAAACCAGGCUUCUGAAGCCCUUUUGCAUCAUGCUCAUGAGCUCAUCAGAUUUGAAGAGUUUAUUUCAGAUUUGCCUCCAAGGUUACCACUGAAAAAACCAACAUGCCAUACUCUACUGUAUGUUUACAACCUGCCAACUAACCGGGACAGCAAAAGUGUUUGCUACAGACUCCGGCGUUUGUCAGAUAACUGUGGGGGGAAAGUAUUGACUAUUUCUGGCAGCAGUGCAAUCCUCCGCUUCUUAAACCAGGAUAGUGCUGAGCGAGCUCAGAAGAGAAUGGAGAAUGAAGAUGUCUUCGGCAAUAGAAUUGUUGUGUCUUUUACACCUAAAAACAAAGAGCUUACGGAAACCAGGAAUGUGAGUGCUACUGGAGCAGAGAAAGUGAAAUCUCCGAAAAAAGUGAACAAGAACACAAAGCUGUGCCUUGUGAACAAAGAGUCGAAUGAUCAGUCUUCCACCACCAAAGUUGUAACGGGAAAAGGCCCGACGGCUUCAAAGAACACAGGUGUUAAGAGCUUACAGGAACUGUGUCGUCUAGAGUCAAAAACUGUGAGAAACUCUGAGAACCGCCAAGGCCAGUUAAAAGAGGAUGUUACUGCCUUGCAAAACAACUCUAAUGCAGCAAACUGUAUACCUGUAGCAACCAAAAAGGCAGGAGAAUGUCUUCAUAAAAACAGUCAAAAGAAAGAUUUAUUUACAGCUAGAAGUGUCAACAAUUCCCCCGUGGAGAAAAAAGAAAAGGAUGAUGUGUUCCAAGUUAGCUACCCAUCUGCUUUUAACAUGCUCGCCACAUCAAGGCAGCUCAGUCCGAUUCUAGUAUCUCAGAGCUGCUGGUCUUCCAGGAGUGUGUCACCAAACAUCUCAAGCAGAUCAUCUCCUCUCAUUUUCAAUGUCAUCAAUCAUACUGGUAAUGUAGAUUGUUUAGAUCCAUAUGCAAAUGGAGUGGAUAUCCAAAUCAGCAAUAUAGAUUACAGAUUGUCCAGGAAAGAUUUGCAACAGACCUUACAAGAAACGUUCUCUAGGCAUGGCAAGGUAAAGACUGUAGAACUCAGUCCUCAUACUGACUAUCAGCUGAAGGCAAUUGUUCAGAUGGAGAAUCUACAAGAAGCAAUCAGCGCUGUCAACAGUCUUCAUAGAUGUAAAAUUGGCAGUAAGAGGAUUCAGGUCUCACUUGCUACAGGCACUACCAAUAAAUCUCUCACAUUAGUUAGUGCAGAAGCAAUGUCUAUCCUUCAGGAUGCUCCAGCUUGUUGUCUGCCUCUUUUCAAGUUCACAGAGAUCUAUGAGAAAAAGUUUGGACACAAAUUAAAUGUAUCAGACUUGUACAGAUUAACUGAUGUUUUAGCAAUCCGUGAUCAAGGCAAUGGUCGUCUUGUGUGCCUCUUGCUUAGUAGCCAAGCUAGGCAGAGUCCCCUGGGGUCUUCACAAUCUCAUGAUGGCUCUUCUGCUAACUGCAGUCCUAUUAUAUUUGAAGAACUGGAAUAUCAUGAACCCAUUUGUAAGCAGCACUGCACAAAUAAAGAAUUCAGUGAACAUGACUUUGAUCCUGACUCCUACAAAGUUCCCUUUGUGAUUUUGUCUCUGAAGGCUUUUGCGCCACAAGUUCAUAGCUUGUUGCAGACCCAUGAGGGGACAGUGCCAUUAUUGAGCUUUCCUGACUGCUACGCCUCAGAAUUUAGCAAUUUGGAAAUGGUACUGGAAGGUCAGGGAGGUGUUCCUCUGGAGCAUCUUAUCACAUGUGUUCCUGGUGUUAAUAUUGUCACUGCACAAAAUGGCAUUAAAGUUGUAAAGUGGAUACAUAACAAGCCACCACCUCCCACUGCAGAGCCUUGGCUUCUGCGCUCAAAAAGUCCUGUAGGUAACCCACAGCUUAUUCAGUUCAGCAGAGAAGUGAUUGAUCUCCUUAAAAAUCAACCUUCAUGUAUCAUGCCAGUCAGUAAAUUCAUCCCAACAUACCAUCAUCAUUUUGCAAAGCAAUGUCGCGUGUCUGACUACGGAUACUCCAAGUUAAUGGAAUUGCUGGAAGCAGUGCCUCACGUGUUGCAGAUUCUUGGGAUAGGUACCAAGCGCUUGUUAACCUUAACACACAGGGCUCAAGUAAAGAGAUUUACUCAAGACUUGCUGAAACUUCUCAAGUCCCAAGCCAGUAAACAAGUUGUUGUAAGGGAGUUCUUACAGGCUUAUCACUGGUGUUUCUCAAAAGACUGGGAUGUAACUGAAUAUGGAGUUUGUGAGUUGGUGGAUCUAAUAUCAGAAAUUCCAGACACAACAAUCUGUUUGUCUCAGCAAGAUAAUGAAAUGGUAAUUUGUAUCCCUAAGAGAGAACGUACCAAGGAGGAAAUUGAAAGAACAAAGCAGUUCUCCAAGGAGGUAGUUGAUUUGCUACGCCAUCAGCCUUAUUUUCGCAUGCCUUUCAAUAAAUUCAUCCCGUCCUACCACCAUCACUUUGGGCGCCAGUGCAAACUUGCCUAUUAUGGAUUUACCAAACUACUUGAACUCUUUGAAGCCAUACCAGAUGUCUUGCAGGUACUGGAAUGUGGAGAAGAGAAGAUGCUUACUCUAACUGAUGUAGAACAGGUGAAAGCUUUAGCUGCCCAGUUUGUUAAGUUGCUCCGAUCUCAGAAGGACAAAUGCCUUAUGAUGGCAGAUGUACUUACAGAAUAUGCUAAAGCGUUUGGCUACUCACUGCGUCUCCAGGACUACGAUGUUGGCUCUGUUCCAGCUCUAAUGCAGAAACUUUGCCAUGUUAUCAAGGUUGUCGAUACAGAACGUGGUAAACAGCUCCAGCUCAUAAAUAAGAAAUCUCUCCGGACUUUGACUGCACAGCUUCUGGUGCUUCUGAUGACCUUGGAUGAAGACACCGGUAUUUCUGUUGAUGAACUUAAGAGACACUAUGAAACCACCCAUGGUGCUCCACUUAACCCUUGUGAAUAUGGCUUCAUGACAUUUACUGAUCUCCUGAUGAAUGUGCCUUAUUUUAUUGAGGUUUUUAUCAAUGGGGAAACAGAAUAUGUAAAGCUUACAAACCUGUAUGUGUUUGCCAAGAAAGUGAGGUCUUUGCUUCAUACAUAUCAUUACCAACAGAUCUUCCUUCAUGAGUUUUCAACAGCCUAUAGCAAAUACACAGGUGAAGUGUUGCAUCCUAAAGCAUAUGGUUACGGUAAUCUUGAAGAACUCCUUGGAGCCAUUCCACUGGUAGUAUGGAUAAAAGGCCAUGGUCAUAAGAGAAUUGUCGUCUUAAAGAAUGACAUGAAAACUCGUUUUAGCUCACCCAGUCUCCCUCUUGCUGAUGAGGAUCUUGGCAACCAGCUUGCUGGCAGUGAGGAACAGGAUGUAGAGCCAGCCACGGCGAGUGUCUCCUUGGAACUGAAACUGGAAACGCCCGAUGCUGUUUCUAAUCAAACUGAGCAAGAACUGCUUUGCCUCACAAAUACAUCACCUGUUGAUCUCUUAUGUGAGCCAGUCCCGUCCUGCCUACCGUCCCCACAGCUGAAGCCAGAUCCCGUUGUUCUUGAAUAUGCAGACCUCAUUCAGUUUGAAGAACAUCCACCAGCUGUUUCUGAAAUUAUGACUUUCCCUGAAGAAAAGGAGAAGGCUGUUGGUCCUUCAGAACUGAGCAACCUCCAGGCAGCAUCUUCCUCUGAAUCCCAGUCAAGCAAAGAAGCCAUGGACAGCCCAGCUAAAAAGCAGCAUAAAAACAGAAUAAAGUUGGCAGCAAAUUUUUCACUUGCACCUGUAACCAAGCUUUAAAUCCUGUUGUGGUGUGAAAAGCUACACAUUGUUAGAUUGCACAGUAAACAAAGCUAUUGGCUACCCUUUAUAUUUUUAAUCACAAAUUUGGAGCUGGGAGGGGUCACUUGUGUUCUCUUUGUCAUGGUUGACUACCUUUCAUGAGGAUUUUGUUCAAUUUACACUGAAUUCAGCUGAGCAAGUAUUUUUAUUUGUACUUCAAGCAUUUGUCAGAAAUAAUGUUUUACCUUUUCAUUGUGUUGAACGUCAGCAAAAAGCAAACGAUAAACCUUGAUUUAGUACAGGAUGGAUGUUAAGUUUCUGAAUAACCUCAUAUAAGUGAUAUAAUCCUUCAUAUACCAUACAGAUCCAUAGGGUAUUUCUUACUUGUUUUUUCAGACUGUAAUCCGUGUGCAAAAGAAUCUAUUGGGAACUUUUAAAAAUGAUUGUAGAUCAGCAUGAAACCUGCAAUAAGGUCUCUGGCAAGGCCAUCAUGGAGAAUGUUUUGUAUGACUUGUAAUUGACACUAGAAGACGACUGUUACAGUUUUUGGUUUAUUGUGGAAUCCCUUUUAAAUGAUUUCUAUAGUAAUGCAGUCCCACUAAUGAAUUUUGUAGGAAGUUGAGGAUAUUUUAAGCUUCCCUUUUAUGAUUGCUCCAAGUUAAUGCUGAUUUGGAUGAAGAAAGUGGUUUUGGUGUCAAGGAUUUUGAAGUGAACUAUGAGAUGCUUUUGUUGCAUCUGCUGAUGUGAUUACUGGCAGUAUUUGAGAUUUCAAAAAUAUGCAUCUAAGUGCAUAAAUUAUGAAUUGCAAUGAUGGGUUAAAGGAGCUUUUUAAGACGGGAAAUAAUGCUGCUACUCCACUUGCACAGAAAUGUGAGCAGUACGUGGAAAUCCCAAGGUUAUGGUGUUUAACCUUGUUUUCUAACUUUUUAAACAUGCAAUAAAUGGGAAGCUUAAUAUGUUGUAUGUUUUUAACUGUGUCUAGUUUUUAUUCUGACAUUUACAUCUGGUGUUCAGUGCUGCUUUUCUGUGUCUAUUUUUCUUCCAGUUCCUAUAGUGGUAUUUUUGUUGGCUUUUAGAGAGGCCAGCCUUGGCUGAGGGAAGCAAGUCAGUGGAGUCCUUUCUACUUUCUUUGGAAAGUUAAAACAUCUUCUAAAGUUUUAUUACCCCUGUUGGGUAAAUUUGGCAUUUACAAUGGGUUGUAUUUGCCAGGCAAAGAUUCUUAUUGCUCAUCAAAAGGAAAGAACCUAUACCAAAGGUUUCCACUGGCCGAAUGGACAUUAGUGGGGGUUUUGCAGCCAUUAUAUUUUGUAAUGUAUGAGAAAGUUUGAAAAGUAGGCUUGGAUUUCAAAACCAGCAACUGGAAAAUGCCACUUGAUGGCUAUAGACAGCUUUUAAAAAUAUUAAAGUGGAUUUUGUUUAAAAAAUGCUUUUAAACAAAACAAGGUAUUAAACACAGCUACGUUAUAGCCAUUGUGAAUCCAGAGAAACACUGGAAGUUUUUCUGAGCUCAUGGCAAGGCACAGCAUGUUUUGUAUUCUUACAUUUCUUCUGCAAACAUGGUUUAUCUGAAUGAAUUUUUAGAACUUUUUUUAACCACUUUCUAAAUGUAUUUGCUGAGACCUUUUUCCAUUUUUGUAUGUAUAAGCUGCAUAACAUAGAGACCUGAUCACCUUGUGUUUGGCAUGCGUGACAGUCGUCAUUUUGAGCUACAGUUGCAAGUCAUCUAAAAUGUACUAGAACCCAGUUUUGAUGGAAACUACAAAAUGAGAUACAGUACUUAUUGGAUACCUAAAGUGCAGGUGUGGUUAUGCCAUUCGUAAAGGGUAAGAAAUCCUUCUGGUUUCAUGCACAUUUUUGACCGAAAUUGCUGUUUGAAAGUUAUUAGAAUGUCACUUGGGAAAUUUUGGGUUUGUUUCAUAGUGUGAGACCAUCUGAAAUCAUUUUUUCUUUUUCUAAAAAGGCUUGAAGGAAUAAUGUGACAGAUUCAAAAAGUGAAUUACGACAAAUGAGAUUCUUUAAUUUAAAUAUUACUUAUUUUUAUUUGUUGGCUGUUUAGGCAAGUAUCACUGAAGCCCUGGACUUCUGCACUCUCCAAAUGGGAUGGGAUGGGAUAGGAGACAACAUUCAUUCCCCCCCCCAAAUUAUCUCCUUCAUUUGGACACAUCUGUGGUUCAAGUGCUGUUUUGUGUGUUGGGACCAAACAGUUGUCAAUAAAAUUUUCAAGUAAGCAUGUAAA